UGUUGCUGCAUUAAGUGCUUCUCGAGAUAUCAGUAGAGCGAGAGCAGCAGAUGUGCACUGCAGCAGAUGUGGAAGAGCCCACCACUCAAAAGACAACAAAGGCAGAGCACCUACAUGAAUGAUUCAUUUCGCGCAAGGCAGCCGAAGAUAGUGAGACCUUACCACAGACUUUACCUCCUUCACAACAAACUCAGGACUGUGGGUGUUGUUGGUUCGCAAAUAUGAUCACAAGAGGAUGCUGUGUUUUUACAUUAUUGGUGAGCUACGUGCUUUCAAACCCCGUUCCUUCAGAUCAAGUGGCGAAAGAUGACAUUAAGGUGAUGAAAUGUAUCGUAGAGGUGAUCGCGGACACUCUGAGCAAGCCCCAUCCCAUCGCCGUCAGCCAGGAGUGCCAGGACUCCCUUACAGGAGAUGACCGAAUAGCCUCCAUCCUUCGCCACCAGAAUCUUCUCAAGGAGUUGCAGGAAAUUGCUGCUGAAGGUGUCAGUGAGAGAGUCCACCAGCCACCACAGAAGAAAAAUGAGGACGAUAGCGAUCAUGUGACCGACGGCCUUGGGGGUCACCCAGGCGUGGAGGACACAACAGGUGAGCAGUGGGAGCCAUCCACAGCAAAGGAGGGGGCUGCUGAUAGGGGGGACCCCGCGGAGGGGGACAACGAGGUGGAGGAGGAGAGCCGGGAGAAGAGUGGGGAGUCCCGGGAGGGCAACGAGAUUGGGGGAACCAACGAAGGGGAGGCGGCGGGGGAGGCGGAGGAGGGAGAAGAGAAGGAAACGGAUGGAGAAAGCAGCCGAAAUUGCAUUUCUGACUCGGUGAACCGAGGUCAGGAAGAGGAAGAGCAGGAGGAAGAUGAGGAAAAGACGGCCCCGGCAGAGGAGGAGGAGACUCACUCCAGCUCUGGGGAGGAUGAGGGGAAGGGAAAGCAGGGGAAUGAAACGGAAGAGGACGACAGCACACAAGUAAGCAAAGAUGGGGAGACCGAGCAGCCGAAGAGCGUCCCCGAUGCAGAGUCCGACGCGAAACGAUCUGAGGAGGGGGAGGCGGAGGAGGAAGAAGAGAUGGAGGGAGAGCCAGGACAUAAAAGGCCUUUCGAGGGGGCAGAGAAAGAAGGUGAAGAGGAUGCGACGAGUGAGGUGAAGGAUGACAGGGAGAGCGAGCCGGGCUUCGAGCGGUCGAGCGAGAGAGGAGAGGAAUCGCCCCGGCAACCGUCUGGGGCCGCAGAGGAAGACGGGCGCGCGGGCGGCGAGGGAAGGAACCCGAUGGAGGAGACACAGGGGAGCCCGCAGCUGCUGUGGUACGCCCCGCACCGCUCCGAGGAGAACAGCCCGGAGGAGGCGCAGGAGCUCCACGUGGAGGAGAAGAGGGAGGAGGAGGGCAGCGGCAGCCACAGGGGUGAGGACCAUGAGAUCGAGCGCCUAGCGGCCAUUGAGUCCGAGCUGGAGAGCGUGGCCCAGAGGCUUCAUGAGCUGAGGAGAGGCUGAGCUGAGUUUAUCACCCUCCUUCUCCUCGGGUUUUUUAACAGAUGCGUGUGAGUGGCAGACAUCUUGCUCUGUCUGUUCAGGAGCUGUCUCCAAAAAAAAAAAAAAAAGAAGUGCUGGUUUCUGGUAC